GUGGUGCAUUGUGGGUAGGUCAGGAGGGACGCCAUGUGCUGUUGAGGCAGGGGUGCAGGAGAAGGACCGGGUUGGACCAAAGCAACAGAUUCGGUUGAGAUUCAGCGGGAUACCGGGGACACGUCUGCCGUGAACGUUAGCAUGUACUGCACCAGCCGCUGCCUCCGGACCACGCUGCGCGCCGCCGCCAGCACGCACCGGUACCGGCAGCAGCUCCAACAUCAGGUUCCAUCCUUGUGUGCACUCCGACUUCUGAAAACCAGCUGUCAUUCAGAAACCAUCGCCACACCCCCGUUAGAUGGAGCACCCAAACAGUACUCCCCCAAAGUUCAGCAGCUGGUCAACGACAUCGCCAGCCUCACCUUGCUAGAGGUGUCGGACCUCAACGAGCUUCUGAAGAAAACUCUGAACAUUCAGGAUGUUGGAAUGAUGCCGAUGGGGGCGAUGGCAGCAAGUGCCAUGCCAGCAACGCCGGCUGCAGAUGAGGAGGAGGCACCGGCCAAAAAAGAGAAAACUCACUUCACAGUCAAAUUGACAGAAUUGAAAGCGGCAGAUAAAGUAAAGCUAAUAAAAGAAGUGAAAAACUGCAUCCAAGGCUUGAACCUGGUACAAGCUAAGAAGCUUGUAGAGUCUCUUCCACAAGAAAUCCGAGCCAAUGUAUCCAAAGAAGAAGCAGAGAAGCUGAAAGCAGCCCUGGAGGCUGCAGGCGGCACUGUAGUCUUGGAGUAAAUCAGUGCAUUUCUAUGCUCGCCUCUUCCAUGCCAUUUCUCUGGCCACGCACUUCGUUUUUCAUUAUUUUAUAACUGUUGUUGGUUUUUAUUUUUUUGUGCGAAGACGUGGACUUUCAGCAAAAGAAGCAAAGGCCUUCAUUCAAUAUUAGCGUCAUCAGCAUCAGGUUUGGCGCUGCAGAUGGAACUUUCCAGGGACACGGCCUGCACAAACCACCACCAUGCAGUUUGUUUGAGUGCUCCUGUUUGUCUGAUGCUCGUGUAGCAAACGCUACCAAAAUGCUGGUCCUGGUGCCAGAACUGGGCUGGUGUUUCUGUUUGUCCAGUCCUUCAUAAAGGGACGGUUUCGCUGUGAAAGUAGGAAUACUGGACCAGCAUGAACU